UUAAAGAAAAAGUAGACGAUUUAUUCCAAGAUUCAGUUAAUUAGGUGUUGCAAAAAUAAGAAAUUUCCCUUUGUUGACACUUGUAUCAACCCCAAUUCAUCCUUCCUUUCACAUAAUUUAUAUUCUCAAAAUUAAACUAAUCCCCCUUCCUACAAAUCAGAUUUAUUAAGUUUUCUUUGAAGUAUGAAUGAUCAUAGCACUAAUCCAUAGCUAACUUUUGAAUAUGAUUUGUUGAGCAGGAACUUAGGCAUAGGAACGAAAUUGGUGCGAGCACUUGAAGAAUGGUUCAAGCAACAAGGCGCAACCUACGCGUACAUGGCGACUGAUUAUACCAACGAGCCUUCCAUUAACUUGUUCACCAAGAAAUGUUCCUAUGUCAAAUUCCGUACACCGACAUUGCUGGUCCAGCCGGUUCACGCCCAUACCAAACCGAUCGGUUCAGAUAUCACAAUCCUUCGAUUAACUCCCGAAACCGCCGAAUCAAUCUACACUCGAAUCUUCAAAGACUCAGAAUUCUUCCCUCGUGACAUCGAUGCAAUUUUAACCAGCCGUAACAGCUUAGGAACGUUUAUAGCCGUGCCAAAUGAAAAACACGGUACCAAAUCAAACCGCGAAGCUAAUUUUGCGAUAUUAAGCGUUUGGAGCACCAAAGAUGUAUUCAGGCUGCAACUGAAAGGCGUCUCUCGGUUAACUCACGCGGUUUGCUCCGGUUUGAGAUUUCUCGAUUCUUGUAUGCCAUGGAUGAAAUUACCUUCGUUCCCUAACGUGUUCGACAAGUUUUGGGUUUAUUUCAUGUAUGUCAUGCACAUGGAAGGCAAAGACGGUCCACGGCCCAUGAAAAGUUUAUGCUAUUUUGUCCACAACAUUGGGAGAUACGACGGAGGAUGUGGAGCUCUAGCGGCAGAGCUUAGCCCAUCAGACGCGGUGGCUUUGGCCGUACCUCAUUGGAAACGGCUUUAAUGGGCCCAAGAUCUCUGGUGUCUCAAGAAACUCUCCGGUGAACCUGAACCGUCCGAUUGGACUAACUCGACAUCUUCUUCUUCUUCUUCCUCCGUGAUUUUUGUUGAUCCUCGUGAUAU